CUUUCACUAUUGACAGCAAACGGCGUGUGUUCAGCACAGGAGAUAGAUGCUUACUUCUUGUGUGUGUGUGUUGCAACUAGUCUCGUGUAGAAAAUCUUUUGAACGAGUUAGAUUACUUCGAACAGUAAAAUGAGCCUUGAUUUUUGACAUUUGGUAUAUUAGUUAUGUGUUAUUGAAAAGGGGUUUGUUACAAGGAACAUACUCUGCAGUAUGGAGAGGAUAAAUCGCAUACGAAAAAGACAGUCGCAUCCUCUUUUGGUUGGACGGUCCAUGUCGGCACCUGUUGAAGUGUACGGCGAAAAUGAGGGUCUACACAACUAUAACUGGCAUCAUCAUGUAAAGACCAAGCGUUCGUUUUUUAGACGUCCCUUUUUUGGAAAGCGUCUUUUAAGAUGGAAGAGUCAGUCUAUUUCCAGACUUCAUGCCAAAGGAAGCUCUAGAGAGCAUCUGCAUCAUCCAGUCCCUAGUCAACACGCGCCUGAAUUCAUCUAUAGAAGUGGUGUUGGCGUUCACCGUGGGGCCGAUGACUUGGGAAGAUCAUAUGAAAUGAAUGAGACUACGGCAUCUGUUGGUGAGCGAGGGAGAAGAGUGACAUUUGAGCGAUCUUCCUCUGAACCUACUGGUCCUACUUCAUGGAGAAGCCAUUAUGGGCAUCCGUCUAUGAAGAGGAUGCACUCGGUGGAUUCGGCACAAAGUGGAUUUUUCAAUAAUGGUUUCAUUUCUGCCAUUUCUAGUGGCUUCUCAAGGAUUAUUAAUUCAAAUAGAGAUAUCCCAGCAUCAAUCGAAGAGGAAGAAGAUGUGAAAGGACCCCCCACUCACAGGCUGUCGUGUGGCCAGUCUCCAUAUACAGAAUGCACAACAUGGGAGAGGAAGUAUUGCAUCCUGACUGAGAGCCAGCUAGUGCUUCUCAACCGCGAGGAUGAGAUGUCUGGGGAAACCGCACAGGACCUACCACCGGAAAGCAGCAAAAGUCGGAGUCUCCGCAGGACUGUGAGUGUCCCUUCAGAGGGGCAGUUUCCAGAAUAUCCCCCAGAAGGUGUCUCCAAACUGGAGGUGCCAGCUGAGAGGUCGCCACGAAGGAGAAGCAUAUCGGGAACCAGCACAUCCGACAAGGCUAGCUCCAUGGACCCUGCCAGUACCUCUCCAUUUAAAGUCUCUGGUUUCUUCAGCAAACGUCUAAAAGGCUCAAUCAAGAGGACAAAGAGUCAAUCAAAGCUGGACAGAAACACAAGCUUUCGCCUCCCAUCGUUGCGUCCUGCAGAGAGUGACAGGUCACGUGGGUUACCUAAACUGAAAGAAUCGCGUUCCCAUGAGUCCUUGCUGAGCCCAGGCAGUGCAGUGGAAGCUCUGGAUUUGGCGACAGAAGAUAAAAUCCUGGUGAAGCCACUACACAGCAGCAUAUUGGGCCAAGACUUUUGUUUUGAGGUCACAUACUCCAGCGGCAGCAAAUGUUUUAGCUGCUCAUCUGUAGCAGAGAGAGAUAAGUGGAUGGAAAAUCUGCGGAGGACUGUCCAACCUAACAAGGACAACUGCCGAAGGGCGGAAAAUGUACUGCGGCUGUGGAUUAUCGAGGCCAAAGACCUGGCCCCCAAAAAGAAGUAUUUUUGCGAGCUCUGCCUGGACGACACACUCUUUGCACGUACCACAAGCAAAACUAAAGCAGACAAUAUCUUUUGGGGAGAGCACUUUGAAUUCUCUGGAUUGCCCCCUAUCCACAAUAUCACUGUGCACAUCUAUAAGGACGUAGAGAAGAAAAAGAAAAAGGAUAAGAACAAUUAUGUGGGACUGGUGAAUAUCCCAAUGGCCAGUGUGACUGGCAGGCAGUUUGUGGAGAAGUGGUACCCUGUAAGCACACCUACCGCUAACAAAGGCAAAACUGGGGGACCUUCGAUACGUAUUAAAUCCCGCUAUCAGACGAUCACUAUCCUGCCUAUGGAGCAGUACAAGGAGUUUGCUGAAUUUAUUACAAUUAAUUACACCAUGCUAUGUUCUGUCCUGGAGCCGGUGAUCAGCGUCCGUAAUAAGGAGGAGAUGGCCUGCGCGCUGGUCCACAUCCUACAAAGCACGGGUAGAGCCAAGGACUUUCUAACUGAUCUGGUGAUGUCAGAGGUAGACAGAUGCGGUGACCACGAUGUCCUAAUCUUCAGGGAAAAUACACUGGCUACAAAAGCCAUUGAAGAAUAUUUGAAGUUAGUUGGGCAAAAAUACCUGCAUGAUGCUCUAGGGGAGUUUAUCAAGGCCCUGUAUGAGUCAGACGAAAAUUGUGAGGUUGAUCCCAGUAAAUGUUCAUCUAACGAACUUUCCGAGCAUCAGAGUAACUUAAAGAUGUGCUGUGAGCUGGCUUUCUGUAAAAUCAUUAAUUCUUACUGUGUUUUCCCCCGGGAGCUGAAGGAGGUGUUUGCUUCUUGGAAACAGCAGUGUAUUAACCGAGGGAAGCAGGAUAUCAGUGAGAGACUGAUCAGUGCCUCCCUCUUCCUCCGAUUCCUGUGUCCAUCGAUCAUGUCUCCUAGUCUCUUUGGCCUCAUGCAGGAAUACCCUGAUGAUCGCACCUCCAGAACUCUAACACUAAUUGCAAAGGUUAUCCAGAAUCUGGCCAACUUUGCGAAAUUUGGUAAUAAGGAAGAAUACAUGGCGUUCAUGAAUGACUUUUUGGAGCAUGAGUGGGGAGGAAUGAAACGCUUCCUGCAAGAGAUCUCCAAUCCAGACACUAUCUCUAACACUCCGGGCUUUGAAGGCUACAUCGACCUUGGCCGGGAACUUUCUGUCCUACAUUGUCUCCUAUGGGAAGUGGUGUCGCAGUUAGAUAAGGGUGAAAAUUCCUUCCUACAGGCCACCGUGGAAAAACUGGGACCAUUGCCGCGCAUCCUUGCUGACAUCACCAAAUCUCUGACCAAUCCCACUCCCAUCCAGCAGCAGUUACGACGGUUCAGCGAGCAUAGCUCCAGUCCAAAUGUAAGUGGAAGCCUCUCUUCUGGACUUCAGAAGAUUUUUGAGGAUCCUGCUGACAAUGACCUUCUUAAACUGAAGUCUCCAAUCAUCGAACCCCAAGACUACUUCAGGGGGAAGACGCUACUGCUUGUCCAGCAGGCCUCUACCCAAAGCAUGUCUUACUCGGAUAAAGAUGAAAGAGAAAAUGUGCUUCCUAAUGGACGUAGUGUGUCCUUAAUGGACCUGCAGGAGUCUACUGUGAGUCACAAUGAGCGUUCCGCUGUUGUUCAGGAGCCGCCUUUGCGUUUAACUGGCAGCCAGUUGUCUAUUGCACAUGUUGCCACCAUAAAACAACUGCGAGACAACCAGAGCACACCACAGAGUGCUCCUCAGGUCAGGAGACCCUUACACCCAGCUUUGAGUCAACAGAACAGCUUGCAGCCACUGUCUUUCCAAAACCCUGUUUACCAUCUUAAUAACCCUCCACCCACCAUGCCCAAGGCUUCAGUGGACUCAAGCCUUGAAAACCUAAGCACUGCCAGCUCACGGAGCCAGAGCAACAGCGAGGAGUUUAUUCUUAGUGGACCCAGCAAUAGCAGCAUGGAAGACUUCACUAAAAGGAGUACGCAUAGUGAGGACUUCAGCAGGCGGCACACCAUGCCUGAAAGGCCCAUUCCUAUAGCACUACCACGUCAGAACAGCACGGGGCAAGCCCAGAUCCGUAAGACUGACCAAGCAGCUCUGGGUGCUCGAGCCAAGGCCCCCCAGUCUUUGCCACACAGUGCCUCUAUACGUAGCACGGGAAGCAUGUCUGGAAUUUCUGCCACACUGCUAGCGGAGCCUGUUCAAAAUGGGAACCGGUCCAGACAACAAUCAACCUCUUCCCGCGAGAGUCCUGUACCAAAGCUACGAGCCGUUCAUCGCCAGCAAACACAGCAGGUACAGUCUCCGGUGGACUCAGCCACAAUGUCCCCGGUGGAAAGGACAGCAGCAUGGGUGCUUAAUAAUGGUCAGUAUGAAGAUGAAGAGGAGGAAAACGCAGACCAAAACAAAGAUGAAGUCAAACCUGCUGAGAAGUAUGAGCAAGAGAUUGCCAAGCUUAAAGAACGACUGAAGGUUUCCAGCCGUCGCCUGGAGGAAUAUGAAAGGCGCCUCCUGGUACAGGAACAGCAGAUGCAGAAACUGUUAAUGGAGUACAAAUCUCGGCUGGAGGACAGUGAGGACCGGCUGCGUCGGCAGCAGGAGGAGAAGGACAGCCAAAUGAAAAGUGUCAUCAGCAGGCUAAUAGCAGUAGAGGAGGAACUGAAGAAGGAUCAUGCAGAGAUGCAGGCUGUCAUUGAUGCAAAGCAAAAAAUCAUUGAUGCACAAGAGAAGAGGAUCAUGUCACUGGACGCAGCCAACACGCGACUGAUGAGCGCACUGACGCAAGUAAAGGAGCGCUAUAGCUCACAAGUGCGAAAUGGCAUUUCUCCGACCAAUCCUACCAAGUUAUCCAUUACAGAGAAUGGGGAGUUCAAAAACAGCAGUUGUUAAUGUCCAUUGCGGAACUCUGUGCCAUCUAGGAAAAUGCUGCUAUACCAAAUGACUAGCACCAAUAUGUGGAUGAGCGAUACCGAACUGCGCCUUUGCGACUAUGGGUGGAGUCCAGCCAUACCGCACUGUACAUAUACAGUAUAUAUAGAGUGAAUGCCGUUGUGCUCUGUACAGAAAUUUACAUGUAACAUAUCAAAUGGAAGUUAAUAAUAUGUAGAAGAUCUUUUUAUAUGUAUAAAAAAAGGAAACAUACCUAUUUUUUAUUUGUGUUCUCUUUCCAUGGACAAGAAUGGUAAAUUUAGGAGAAAAUAUUCUAGUUGAAGGAGCUGUACAUAUCAUGCCAAUACACACACAUACACAGAAUUUACUGAGCAAACUAAAAAAGGAAUGGCGUCAUUGAAGAGGAUUUUCGCUUGAGUUCAUUUCUCAUCCUGGAAGCCUUUGUUUGCUAGGCCAGCCCUCUCCAGCAUGGUCAUAUUGCAGUCCUGUUCAGCUGGAGUCCCUGAACACUAAUGACUGCAAAACUAAGGUCAAACCCGUGUGGUCGGGUCAUUUCACUUACCCCUGGCACCAUAUCCAGUCAAAGUAAACCGUUUUAGAAAGUUGUUUUUAAGUUUUUUAAAACUGAUGUUUUUUCGAGUUUACAGAUCUGUAAAUAUGUAUAUUUUGGUUGUAAAGUAAGAUUCUACCGUUCACAUAUGUGAUGAUGUUAUCACCGUGCACCACGGAGGAAGGGCAGAAUACAGGCUCGUUUUUCGGCGUGGGCGCGGUUUUAGAACUCGUGCGCCACGUGAUCAUCUAUAUUUUUAUCCCAAAGGAUUUAAAUUCAUAUUGUAACAUUUAGAUGCAGGACAAAAGUGACACUGCUACUGACGUAUGUACUUUAGAGAAUAAGCACUGAAAAUCUCUAUCUUGCGUGUAAGAUAGAGGAACACCUUGUAACAAUAGUCGUUUCUUUUUUUCUGUUUUUAACUCCGGUUGUCAUGCUUAAACUCUUUACUGCCAGGGACGUCCAUUUUUCUCAUUUCCUCCAUCUUCAUAGAGAACUGGCAGUUUAAGUAUUAAGCUAUGCAAUGCUUCUCACAGGCUGGAAAUUGAAAGUUAAAGUUUCUGACAAUAAAGCAUUUUGUGAAAAUGGAAUGCGUUGGGUGCCCUGGUUGUUGCAGAAUGUUUAAUGUUUUGCACCCGUCAUUUGGAAAGGCGAGGCGUCUAUUAAUAAGGUGGAUCUACAUUGGUGAAUGAACCUUGUAUGUUACAACUUCAUUGAAUGUGAAGGAAAUACUGGGCCUGCUGUAGAGUGUAAGAACUGCUGAACUGUUUUUGUAAUAAAACAAAUUGCAAUAAUUUUAUUAGAGUGCACCUGUUUCCUAUGCCCAGUGAAGGAACCAUUGUGUAUGCUGAGCCUAUUGUGGAGCUUUUUGAUGUAAUACAAUUUAGUGAUCUAAUAGAUGUGUCAGAAAGUAAACACAUAAGCUGGAAUUAAAUCUGUGGCUCCAACUCCCAAACACCUUCAUUGUGUAGAUUUGUUGAAGCGCGGCUAACUCAAAAAACAAAAAUUUAAUUAAUUCAGCCACCACAUCUAAGGCGUGGUAAGCUGCAAUGUUUUUUCAAGCUAAUAACAUUUUCAGCAAGUACAGAAUAUACCCAAAUAUCUGCAGUGUUCUUGUCACCUCCUGUAAAGCUGAACUUGAAGCAGACACAAUCCUUCUAUCUUGUAAAUGACUAGUCUUAUCGGCUCAAGAACUGACUUGAAGUCUAGCCUGGGGGACAACCAUAGCUCCCUCCAUAUUUAUAGUGGAGGAGUAAAUAUAGUCACCUAAUGACAGGAAGUGAGUUAUUGGCAGGAUAAGCAGGUAGAACAUAAAAGGAAAAAAAAACAAGUGUAGCCUCUUUAUCGAAGGAUUGGUCAACUGUGAUAUAUUACAUGUUUGGGAUUGGAUACACUUUAAGAAAACCUGAAGGCUGCCAUUGCUGAUCACCGUUUGAAAAUGCUAAUUGCCUGGCAGUAAUGUUGACUGUGGCUUAAAUACAGUGAGUUAUUUAUUCAUAAAAAACUGAAGCCAUUUGAUCAGAUGGAUAACCAGGCAAUCAGCAAUUCCAGAAAGAGAAGUCUGCAGUGGCAUCCUUAUGUCUCACAGCACAGGUUCACUUUAAAGCCACGCACACGUGCGCACACACGCACGCCUUACCCCAAAUUGCAUUCACAUUCAGUGUAAUUAGGGCUCCAGAGGACUGUAUAUUGCGUGCAGCUUCAUAUACAUAUGGAAACAUAAAGUAUGAGCACGAGAAAGAAAUAGAACACUGAUACCGGGAAGUCUACUGAUCUUUUAUAAGCUUUUUUGCAACCGUAGUCACAUUCAGUGCAGAGUUCAGGGAAGUCCUUUUCCUUCAUUCUGCCUUUUCCUUAAAGCACAUCUGUGCAGGGCAAGGCAACAGCUUCGCUUUAAAGCCCUGUUCCCUAGCAGCACAUGCUCACCUUUACUUUUGCUCCAAAGCCAAUAGGAAUGUCUAUUCCCUUUGGUAUUUAGGACCAUGUGACUCAGCCCAAGUGACAGUGCUGUGAUUGGUCCAUCGCUGUUAAGUGGGAUCUGGAGACAGUCUUCCCUCUGUAUGCUCUGACACAAGCUUACACUGGCUAUUUUCCCAUCCUGCCCAGUGAAAUGCAGCGAAAAGAAGGCAAGUAUAUGUUGGCUGGGGUGUGGAUCAAGCUAACCUGUUAUGCCCUGUGUGGGCAAAACACUGGUUCACUUAAUUCAAAAAAGUAAUGGCAGGAUAUGUAAAGCAUAGGCACGAGAAAGGAACUUUAAAAGGGUUUUUCACCAAAAAGUGGAACUUCACCCAAAACCUUUUAUUUAUUUAUGAAUGGAACAGUGAAGGGUCACCGCCUGUGUCAGUUUUUCUGUUGCUGUCUUUGUCGCUUUUGGCAAAACAUCCCAAUGGGGACACCUACAGCAAUAAAAACUUGAAGGCUUAACCCUUUCUUAUGCGAGCCAAAACUGAAACCAGAAAGGUUUAGCCUGGAGUGUACCUUUUUAAAAAUGGUUCAAAAAGCAAAAUAUUUUUCUUUUUUUUUUUUUACAGCAAUGCAUUCUCUGCUUUUAAGGUAAAAAAUGUCCCAGUAGUUGUAUAAUCCCCUCAACCCACUGUAUACCUACUUGAGUUCUAUCUCAGUCCAACGCCGUGCCUGUAUGUAGCUGCUCUCUCUUCUCUUCCUGCUCACAGAGGCAAUCCAAUCCUGUGAGCAGAGAACGGGAGGGGGGGUUGAGCCAGUAGACACACACCGCCUGGCUCGGGAUCAAUCCCACAGGUGCACUCCAUAGGAAGCGACUUCCUAUGGGAGCACAUCAAAAAAUGAAGGAGCCUGAAGCGUCGGCGGACCCUAGAAGAGGAGACUUGGAGCCGCUCUGUGCAAUACCAUUGUGCAGAGCGGCAAAGUAUAACAUGUUUGUUAUUUUUCAAAAACAAUAUAGCUUUAAGCACAAAAACCUUGGGGUCUGACCCCCAAUGGUGACAGUUAGAACAUAUCUGGUCCUGAAAACCUAUUCAUUUUAGUAGGAUAAAAAAGCUGUUGAGUGAAAAACCCCUUUCAUGAAUUACAAUAUUGAGUUACUCUUGGCCACAUUUUUAUUGGUAAUCAUGACUUUUUCAUAACCUCCUGAAAAACCUUUGGGGGGGGGUCAAAAUCCUUCAACAAUUUUAAGCCACUUAACAUUUACAAUUUUCUUUCAUCUCCAAAAACCUAAAUAAAGGUUGGGAUUGGGACAUUGGUGAAAAAGCUGAGUGACACUGCUGCUGACCAGGGGGGAAAUAAAGGUCCAAACUGGAUACCAAAAUUUGCCAAGGGCUAAUCACAUGGUGUGGGAGACUAGUCGCUGCUGUCUGACGUGAGAGCGAAAAUGUACACAAUUGAUUUUUGUUUUGUAUUUAUUUAUUUGUUUACUACAAUCCCCUCCCUUUGUUUCUCUCACUUUAUUUGAGUGCUUCACCUCUGUAACAUCCAGGGAUUUUGUGGAUAACUAAAUGGUUUUUGAAACCAUCAAGGAAAUUAGCUAUUUUAAUAUUGUUAAUAUCUACAAUAAAAUGGAACUUCUGUACUUAA